UGUUGUGUGGGGUCUCUUGCAAGUGAAGAAAAAAAUGGAUAUAAUUGAUUGAUAAUAAGCUAUUUUAAUGGUUGUAAUACAAAUUCUAAAUAUUUAUGUGAGGCUUUCAUCCUGUGAAUUACUAAACAUUUCUGUGUCUUUGUACUUGUUCAUCAGGAGGUAGUUAUUUUAGAUAUUUUAAUUGGUGAUGUGGUUAAAUACCAUGGCAUGUACACAAGCUCUAUUUUAUUACUUCUAAAUCAUGUACUGUUUAUGCUCCUGGAGAGAAAAUUCUGCAAACUAAAGAGAAUUAAAAUAUCUGCUUCUGAGCAUUGCAGUGUACAGCCAUACACGAAGGAGAUAAUGCAUUGACAGCUCCCUAACUGGGAAGAUCUCAUCAAGUCUUCUUUAAAAUACAGAUCUCGUUAGGUGAUCAUUGUAAAGACAGAUUUUUAUUAUUAUUUUAAAUCUCACUUGUGACUCUGAGGCCUUGAGGAUGGUGCUGAAUUAGAGUUUUACAAACACUGCUUUAUGGACACUGAAGGAAGGAAAUACGUAGUAAAUGGAAUAUCUUAUUUCUGUCCUUGUUUUUCUUGAUCAUGGAAAUGAGCAUAGUGAACUGACUGUGGUGGGAAGAGCAUGUUUGCUGGGACUUUCCAGUAGAAAACCAGUGGGGCAGGUGUUAAUUCAGUGCAAUGCUGAAUGAUCUUGAUAUAUGCUCAUUAUCACAAGGUGUUUCAAGCAGGAAUUGACAUUGAAUGUCAGAUUUUGUCCUCUAACACUAUGAAUACCUUGAAUUGGCUCUUUGUAAGUGGUGGUUCGUUUUCACUGUGAUGUAGAAUGCUUGUUCAGGAGAUUUCAUGUAUGUAAACUGGAGCAAGGUGCCUUUUUCACUCUGAUAACUGCAGCAGGCACGGCACAUGACUGAGAGAUAUAGUGACUUUUGAUGUGUGGAAAACACACUGGAAAGUAUGGUUUCUGGGGAAAAGAGCUUGCUAGCUGAACAAGUUCAAAAAGAUCUUAGCAACAGUUACUCAUUUCAUCAAUCCUCUAUAUUUAAGGAGAUAAAAAGCCCCUCCAGUGUUGUUUCCUGCAAAAACCAUUCUUAAGAGCUCGUUGGACAGCGCAGGGCUCUUGAAGUGAUAGCUAAUUGGUGAAAGAAAGGCCCCGAUUGUCUGGAGGGAGCUGGAAAGUGCUGCGUGUGCUGCUGAAAGGGACUAGGGAGAAGGUGCCUGGUUUCGCUGAGCAGCUGCUGCUGGAGAUGUUUGGAGAUUACAUCAGCAUUGGAAAAAAGGGGCAAAAAAAAAGUCCGACUUCACAGAGACGGAGUUUAUGGAGUUUUUUUUCCCCUUCCAAAGGUCUUCUGACAAUACUGUCAUUGUCAAUGUAAGAGUUGUUAAUUCUUCAUGAAUAGCACAUGGGGCCUCUUGACUAAAUGGUACGUUACAUGUCCCAAAUCUGUCAGCUGGGCUCUUCUCUCACAUGCUAGUGAGAUCACUUUGAUUGGAAUGUUACAGGAAUUGCUGGGCUGGCUGUGCAGAAUUGAAUGCUGCAUUAUAUAAUUAGAUCUCCCAGAGUAUUUUUUUGGCAUUACCUCAUUAUUCUAGCUUAAAUAUGGAAUCAGCCCUUUUGAUGAUUUUACUGGUUGUAAUUAUAUUAAUACGAUUCAUUUUAUGGUCCUGUCUUAGUGCUUACAUAGAUUACAAACUGUCUCAAAGGUUUCCUGACAGGAAAAAAGAGCACUAACAGACCUCAAAAGGCUUCUUCAGAUUUCAACUGACAAUGAGGACAUCUGGACAAGGUAAAUGGACCUAGAGCAGAUUUUACCUUGGCCUCUGGGGAGAGAGUAGUGGCUGGUUGAGACUGCAACUCAGUGAAGAUCCUUCAGAAGGCCUCAUGCUGACAAACAGGGAAUAGAAACCACAACAACUGAUUGAGUCAAACAACUUCCUAUCAGACUAGAGCAAGAAUUUGUUGUAGGGAACAGGAUUGUGCACGUUUGCCAGUUAAACGAUCUGGACAAGCUGGAAGGAAUCCUAUUGCUGGGCAGUCCGAGGCUGACAGUGGCCCAGUCUUGCUACGUGAAAUGUGAUGGCCCAUUGCCUGUUGGACAAGCUGCUGGUCUACACGUUAGGAUGUCAGCUGCACACCCUGCCUGGAUGUAAAACAACUGACUGUGCCUGAAUGAACAUGGAGAUUACUAACCCGGCUCAGGAUCCACGUCUAAUGCUGCAGAUUUGCAGAAUGGAUUUUUACACGAUUUACUUUUUGCUAAAUUCCUCCUGUGGUUUCUCCAUGUCGGUCAGAUCAGAAGCUGGUUAUAACCCAAUGAUCGCCUUUCUUGUAAGGUGGUAUAUCUGAGUAACAGUAGUGGUUGAACACUACUAGAAUAGUCUGUUCCAUGAAAAACAGAUCUGUGCAUUACAGUUUGUCUGACAGACUCCGGCUCUGCUUCAGCAGUACUGGGUGUGGGGGCAUACGGCAGUCCUUAGAGGCCUUGCAAAGUAAUUUCUCUUCUAGCCUUUAGUAAGGAGGUACCAGGACAUGGAAAGCUUUGACUACUCACCCAAGGCAGGAGUGACUUGAGAUUUUUUGCUUAUUGCAUCUUGCAAAGUGAGACUGGGGGCUCCAAGCGAACUGCCUGCUUUCAGAUGGAUGCUACACUGAGUAAAACUGCAAAAAAUCUUGCUGUGUGUGCAACACAAUUUAACAUCGGCCUUUAAAAACGUGGUUUUCCUAUAGCAAAAGUAGGAAAAUUGUAUUGUUUUGCCUGAGAAAGAAAGAUGAAAUGUGGUAUUUUUGGCCAGUCCUAUCUAGUAUUCUUUAUGUCAUGCGGAAGUGAAGGCUGCUGCUCUGAGAAAUGGCUUCAAAACUCUUGGUAGCUCACAUAAUAUCAGAACAGCCUAGGUAAAAGCCCAAAGCUUUCCCAUGAGAAUUUUUUGGCAAAUUUAUGACUCUUAUAUGCUUGUUCAUUAGUAACUAUUGAUCAGCCUUUAUCACUUUGUCAUUUGAAGCCUCCCAACAUUCAGCCAUGAGAUAUAGUAUUUGUUCUUACAGUGGGACAGAAUAAAUGUCAUGCCAAUUGAUUUCAGUCUCAGGCUUUAUUUGUGGUAGGUGACCAAUCUACAAAACUGUUUGCAGUUUCUGAAGAUGUAUUGACUUCAAAUCUAGCUAGUAAAUAAAUUAAAUGUAGAUGAAACUAACCCCCUUGUCUGUCUCUGUGGGUCCUAAUUUUAGUGAUGUUUUUAUAUUUAUUUUUUUGUUCUCCAGUACCAGCAGACCACAAAGGGAAAGUGAAAUGUCUAUUUGCUGUGCAAACAUACCUCUGAUAAUAAGUAACUGGAAAAAUAGGCACGGUGAUCCAUCUUAUGUCAGUUAAACAUCGCUAUUCUUAGCUGUUGUACAUCCUUGUGAAGAAAAGGAAACUUGCAGAGAAAUUCAUAGUGCAUUUAAAAGCGAGUCUUCUAAUUCAUUAUUUUGAUUAUAUUGAAAUAUACUUAAAAGUGUCAUAUUCAUAUUAAUCAUUAAAAAAUGUGAAUGUAAUGAGAUGUGGACUAAUGUCUUUAUCAUUUGGUGAAAUAAGGAGCUGACACAAGUGUGCAACUUGCAUCUUCAAUCCCUUUAUUCUGAUAGAGUAGAAUCUUGAAUUUUCCAUGUAAAUCAGAGAUUGUUGUCUUGUUAUAGACCAUAAUCUCAUGGCCAAAUUUUCACUGAUUUCUGUGGUACCAUCAGUAGGAAUGGCAGGAUGGAAUCAUCAGAACGUCUUAAUGUUUGAGUUGCCACAGCCAAUCUCCUUCAAUGGCUUGCUAUUGUUGUGUGGGGAAAGUGGGCCAAUACUGGGUGAACUUACUGACUGGUAGAUGUAAGGUGUGGUAGGUAGCUAUCCUGUGGGUGACCACUGUUGUGAAACUCAGCACUGCCAGAUAUGGGGAACAGCCUGUAAAUUCACUGGUUCUGUUUACGUUUGUCUUUUUAAAUUGUUUAAUUUACUCAAGAUACAAGAAUUACACCAAUUAUGUUAUGGUCAGUGUUUGUCAUAGGGUUGAUCUUCAUCCUACACAGGUAAAACUGGCUGGAACCCUGAAGAGUUUACUAGAACAUCAAAGCUUUGAGGCACAUAUGAUUAAUAAAGAAAAUAUUUUGUCUUAAUAAAAUUUUUACUGAUUUAAUUUGGUUGUUUUGAAAUCCACAUGCACUGAAAGUAAUUUUAAUGCUUUGAAGUUCCGCUUCUGGUGUCUGAAAGCCCAUUGUAUCUUUCUUUUGAUGAGGGUUUUUGUGACAGAACUUAUGGUGUCCUCUAAUUUAACCAUCUGUCCAAGCUAGAUUGUCACU